GUCAAGGGUAUCGUUUCAAUGGAAAGAUAUGUUGGUUUUUCUGGAAAAUGAAACCGGUGUUUCUGUUGCAUGGGAAAGCCUGUUGUUGACGCCGAGUACCAGGAAGAAAUAGAGAAAGCUCGCCGAGACCUACGCACUUUGAUCUUCAACAAAACUUGCGCCCCAAUCAUGCUUCGUUUAGCAUUUCAUGAUGCCGGAACGUAUUGCAAACAUACGCGGACUGGAGGUCCAAAUGGUUCCAUCAGGAAGCCUGAAGAGUUUGAACAAAGCUGUAAUAAAGGAUUAAAAGUUGCGAUUGAUUUUUGCGAAGAAAUAAAGUCAAAGCAUCCAAAGAUCUCAUAUGCAGACAUAUUUAAGCAUGCAGGCGUGGUUGCUGUUGAAAUCACCGAUGGUCCUACUAUUGACUUUAUUCCUCGUAGAAAGGAUUCUAUUGAAUGGACCGAGGAAGGCAGACUCCCCAAUCUUGAAAAAGGCCCAAUACAUUUGAUGGACACGUUUAAGCGCAUGGGUUUAUGCAUCAUGGACUUUGUAGCUCUCUUGGGAGCCCAUGUUAUGGUAAUUUGUAUCUUACUUGUUUGGUUAUAGGCUACAUACAGGAAAUUGCAAUUUAUUUUGUAUUUUUUUAUCAUAACAUCGCACUUCAAAAUUUUUUCUUAUUAAAAUAUUGUAUUUUCAAAUGAUUUCGUAUUAGGGCAUUGUAGUUUGAAGAAUGCUCUCUGUUUUCAAAUUGUAAUGUCCUAAAAAAAAUUCAUCCUCAGAAACCAUAUACAACCCGAAUCCAAUGAAAUAUGAUGAAUUGAGAUGGUGUUUUGUAAAUAAGUAAUUCUCUCGAAUAGAUUAGCCAUUUUCUAAAGUACAAUCAUGUAAUAUG